CGUGUCGUGACCGCGCGCUGUGCUGGAGUCACACGGUCUUCCACGGAAAAGCCACCAGUCGGUCAAGAUGGCCCCGCUCACCGUGUUCCGGGCCGGCCUCCUGGUCGCCUCCUCGGGGCUCCUCACGCUCUUGUUGGGGUUCGGACUGCCGGCUCUGCUGAGCGCGGCCACGCGGCUGCUGGGCGUCCCGGAGACCAGCGUCCCGGAGUGCAUCGUGGUGCUCUAUUUACUUUUUGUGCUGUACGUGGCGACGCCACGAAUACCCAGAGGAUCGGUGGAGGUGGAGGGUAAAGCUGUGUUGGUGACCGGCUGUGAUGGUGGCUUUGGCCACGCUCUCGCCAAACAUCUCCACGAGCUGGGCUUCACGGUCUUUGCCGGAUGUCUUUCUAAGGAUGGAGGUGGAGAGGGUGCAAAGGAACUCGAAGAAUUUCAUUCAGAUCGUAUGAAGGUCGUCCAGCUGGACGUGUGCAGUGAUGAGCAGGUGGCCCGGGCUGUAGAAUACGUCAAGGACAACCUGAAGGACACGGACACAGGUCUCUGGGCGGUGGUGAACAACGCCGGUGUGUCCACGUUUGGAGAAGUAGAGUUCACGUCCAUGGACACCUACAAGCAGGUGUCAGAGGUCAACCUGUGGGGCACCAUCAGGGUCACCAAAGCUCUUCUGCCAUUAAUCCGCAGGUCCAAAGGACGUGUGGUGAACCUGGCCGGCAUCUCUGGGAGGAUGGGCGCCGCCCUGCAGUCUCCGUUCUGCGUGUCUAAAUACGGCGUGGAAGCUUUUUCCGAUUGCCUCCGCUACGAGAUGAAGGCCUGGGGGGUCAAAGUGUCCAUCAUCGAGCCGGGGAACUUCACGGCGGCCGCCGGCGUCGCGACCCGAGACCUCGUGGCCGGCACGGCCGACAAGCUGUGGAGCGAGGCUCCCUCGCACCUCAAGGAGGAUUAUGGGAAAGCCCACUUCGAGCGCCACGUGGCUCUGAUGCGCUCGUACUGCAACAGCGGGCAGGACGCCGCGCCCGUGCUGGACGACGUCACCGACGCCGUCACGUCCAAGCGUCCUUACACGCGGUACCACCCCAUGGAGCCACACUGCUGGGUCAGAGUCCAGCUGAUGACCCAUCUUCCUGGCGCCAUAUCCGACUUCCUCUACAUCUGAAAGAGGAGCCGAUCACUCCUCUUACUCCGGAGGAAACGCUUCGCUGUGCAUUCCGCAGCACUUUCAAUCAUUCACCGAUCAAGCCUUUACAACUGUGGAAAUUGAUUAUUACUUUGCUCAUUGUAUGUCUUACAAUAAUCUGAACUUUAUCUCCACAUAUAUAUAUAUAUUGCUUAAGGAGGAACUACUUUGUGUUGAACAUCAGUGAGGCGAUAUGUUCGUCCCCUUAAAUCUGUUUUGUUACCUGCUACUUGUAAUGCUUUAUGCGUAUGCGAGCCUCCGGGGGCCACACUGGCACGAGGACCGAAGCCGGCGGCGCUUUUAGAAGGCCCCCGCUGCGCUGCUGGAGACAAACCAAGGUCAGCUUCUGUCGGUCCAUCGGGAGAUUUGGCUCCGCUCACCCAAAAGUUACGCAACAGCAGCACACAAGCACACUGUCUCACGUUCCCGACUGCGAGCCACUUUCACAGUGCGGCUGACUGAUGUGAUUAUUGGGUGUGCUGAAAUGUGUGUGAAUGUAAAUGAAAAGAGGAUUUAUUUAUUUGUACAAAUUAAAAUUUGAAAUAAAUUGAGCAAAAUGUG